UUAGGAAAUUCGGAACGAUCAACACCAUACAAAUGUACAUGUUGAAUUCGGUAAUAUUGCUAAUAGCAGUGGCGGCUGUGGCAAAUGGACAGCUUCAACAAGUUGCCAACAACAAUUCUACACUUCACAUCGAUGACUAUAUCAAUAUGAACAGACAACAACAUGCUAAAGUUAUCCAGGAUUAUGAUACAGAAAUGGAUUUAGUUAAACAAACUUAUACCGCCAGUCUUGAUACCAUGAAUAUACAAUUGAACAUGUUGGUCGAUAGUCUUGUUCAAAACGAAAAUAAAUUAAAAUCCUUAGAAGUUCUAAGUGAUUUAAGUAAAAAAUGUGUCAACAAAUAUCGUUCUUCAAUACCCACUGUCAGCUCUACUAAAACAAAAAUCAACAGUUGCAUUAGAACAGCAAGCGUCAAACUUAAUAGCUUGUUGUCUAGUCCUCUGUACACCAGAAAUAACUUGGAGAGCUAUUACAAGAAUAAUUUUGAAUCAUCGAUUACUAGUUGCAAAAGAACCUACAUCGCAUUACCUAAGAAUUAUACCAUGUGUGUUAUAAAAGUGGCAUCCGACACUGACACUUAUACCAUCAGCAAUCAAAAGACAUUCGCCAAUCAAAUGGAUGCAGCCCAGUGUUCCUUCGAUGACAAUAUACAAAAAGCUUUAGAUUGCAGUUAUGCCACUGAAACUAAUACAAUCUCUGCCAUUGCUGAGGCCAAUACUUUGAUUGAUACGUGUUUACAGGGUCAAGAUGUUUGCCAACCAUGUAAUGGUGCAAAUACUUGUUCAGAAGUUUUUUACAUGAAUCGUUCUGAAAUAAACCAUAGCAGUAAAGUAAUGGAUAAUCCAUUUUAUAGACGUUAUAAUGCUACAGAUUGUUUAAUGUUGAACAUUUUAAAAAAUUAA